AUGGCGGCCCUCACAGAAACUCUAACAAAAUACGGAACCUUCUCGGGAUACAAGGCCUACUUGGAUAAGUCAAGUGCCCUUCCAAUAGGAAUGUCUGCGGGGGAUGCGGCGGCGGUGCGGGCGACCCACAACAUACCACUAGCACAGGGUCAUAUUAAAUAUCUAGAGAUUCACUUACCAGACGACCCAGUAAACUUAUACCGACUGAAUUACACCCCAUUACUUAAG